AUGGAAACAGUGCAUAAACCAUUGUUUUUACGUAAGCACAAGAUUGUGCUGAAGUUUUUAACGGCAUCUUUUUUGUGGUUAUUAAAUAUUAUUGUGUGGAACAAAGCAGAGGAACAUGAGCCAUUUUGUUUAGAAAUAUAUGACGACAAAAAUGAUCAAAGGCACCAUCCAUACUAUUAUCUGAACGAGUUUCCCAUUUGUAAAGAACAUGAAAAGCGAACUUGUUGUAAAAAAAGCCAUUCUGAAGCUAUUUCAAGACUUUUUUCAGCAUUAGUAGCACGAUCAUCUCUUUCUACUAGAUGCUCAAACUUUUACCAAAAGUCUCUUUGUUCAUACUGUGAUGCCGAUAUUGGAGUUGGAAGAAAAGUUCUACAAAAGUCCCCAAUUCUUUGCCAAUCCUACUGUAAUAUGUGGUAUGAUGCUUGUUAUGAAGAUUACUUUGAUAACAUACAGAACUCUUACAUACGUAAUAAUGAGGAUGUGUCAUUUAUUAGACUCAAUCUCAUUCCUUGUACAGAUUUAUCAGCUAUUUGUUCUCCUUUACAUUCAAUUACAUCAGACCCCACAGAAUUCUGCUCUUUAAAUGGGUUCUCCACAUUUAAAGACUUUCAUUCAUCUUCAGGGCCCAAAAGUCUCAUAGAGUACAAUAAAGAGUGUUUUAAUGGUAUUUCUGCCGCUUCAGUUCUUAAGCCAGGAACUAGGCAAAAAACACAGGGUCAAAGAUAUAAAAGGCCACAAUAUAGUAAAACUUCAAAGACUAAUCAGAAAUGGCAUCAGAUUAUUCAAGAUCAUAUUAACAUACUACUGGAAAACAUCAAAGUUCCUAUACCUGUUAUAGCUUUCAUUUCCAUUAUUUCCAUUUGGAUUAUCAACCAAAUCAUCAACCUUUUUAUCUAA